ACAGUUGAUUGUAGUGGUAGAGUGCGAAGGGAACGUGCUACCGUGCGUUCAACUAUUUAUAAUCAAAUAGGGUGCAGCGGUGUGAGCGUAUGUUUACGUUAUGCACCACGCACACAGCCACGCGCGCGUCGAGCGAGGCAAUGAUGUGCACAAAGUAUUAUCCCUUAUUACACGAUCCGCUUCCGCGCUGGCUGCACGUACAAUAGUUGUCAGUCGACCUCUUUUGUAGAGCGGUGUGCGAAGUUUCAGUUUGUUUACGAAAAGCCGAGCGAUGCAUAGUGCGUUAGUUAGCGCGAUUGUGUCAUCGACCGAGCGUCGGUUAUCGCUAAAUUGCGAGUGAAUCACGGACAAUGCUCGCUGCGGAGUUUUCGCAAAAACUUUUUGUGUAUCUGUGAACUUUUGAGGUCGUAACUUGUGAUCUCCUUGCCGCCAAAUCGAACUGUGCCUGUGUCCAAGUGUUGAGUGAACUCUGUGUGAUUUAUAAACAUUUUUAUAUUUUAUUCGAGGUUGAAAAUAUUAAAUUUUGAACUUUUAUCUUGCCUUACGAUUUGGAAAUAUUUCCUACAAAUUAAAGUACAGUUGGCAAAAAAAAAUUACAUUUAUACUGGAUGAAAAUUGAAAACAUCACACGAGAGCGAAGUGCAUAAAACGCGCACAGCAUUUAUGUAUACAAAACAAACCGCAAUCUGUCCACGCUUCUUCCGUCGAAAAAGGCGUUGUGAGAGACAAAGAUGGCAAUAGCAUUCAACUUGCCGAGCGAGAGGGAGGCGACAGAGGAGAACUUUUCACGUUUGAACCGGCUUCUAGCCGAGUUGUACGAGGUCCUAUGCCACAUCUUGGUAUCACGACAGCCUGGGCAAGAAGUGCAGGACAAUCGCCGAGAUCGCCCCUUCUCCGAGUCUGACAUCGAGCGGCCAUCUCAAGCACCUCCAUUCUGCCGUCUGUCUGCAUCAUCACCACCACUGACCCUACCGCUGGACAUCGACCUUGAUGAUGAUGUCUUCGUCAGCCCUAGAACAGAUAACGGGAACGAUCCUUUCUCAACGACGAAUAUAGAAAUAUUUAGAUAUGGCAGCCCUAGGACGCCGGCGGGGGUACUGUUGAGUCCUAGGCGGGAUUCGUCCUUCAGUUUUCUGACUAGCGAAAAGCAUUGGCGGGAUAAGGGCGGGACAGACGUGGCUGACGGAAUUAUGGACACUGAUGUGACGGAUGCUGCUCUACCGCAAUGUACCGACGAGAAAAGGUCAUCAGAGAGCUGGAUAUUUUCAUCAAUAAUACCAGACAAGCUCUCCGGAUCCAUCUGUACUGCUGUUCUUUUCAUGCUUGGUUGGAAACUAUUGUCCAAUAAACGGUGAACAAAAUGCCAUAAAAUGUGUUAUUUUUAAUAUACUCUCGUUUGUUAUAAUAUGUAUUACAUCUGUAGAGAGUCAAUUAAUCGGGACCAAGUAUAGGUCCCGAAACACCCCAAGUUGUAUCUUGUAUGAAUAAGUAUUAAAUGUUAUAUUCACAGAUUUAGAAUGUUCUAGAUAGUUUCGAAUGCAGCUUGUCAAUUAUUUAUUAAAUGAAUGUUUUUGGAAAUAAAUAAGGAUUCAGGUAAAACACUUCCUUUCCUAUAUUUUUCUUUAUUCUUAUUAAUUACCAAGACGCUAAUAUCAAAAUCUAAACAUGAACUAAUAUAAACCGUGAUAUUGCAUGAAAGGUACAAAAAAUAGGGUCCAUUUUAUAAUCUAUAGUCCGAAAGUAAUAAUUCCACUCCUGUUUACGUUUUUUUUAUUAUUUUUGAAUUCUGGAAUUCUUUAAUGAACAAAAAAAACUCAAUUUGAGUUCGGUAUCUAGCUAAAGAACUAAUAAUAAAUCUGUGAUUAUAACGUACAAUAACAUUGGCAGUUAUUUGUAUAAAGCUGAUAAAUAUGCCCUUGUGUUAAAUUAUGUAGAGAUACUGUAUAAAUUGUUAAUAAUUCAAAACUUAUAUCCUCACCUUAGGAUUUAAGGUAUUCAACGUAAUUCUAAAUUUGACCAUUUGUAUAUUAUUUCUAAAAUUGAUAGAUAUUUGAAUAACGAAUUAUUGAUUCUAAUAAAACGCACAAUUUUCACGUUUCUAUACAUAUAUACUUAUGAAAUGUUUAGUAAAAAAACUUUGGCUAUUGCAUUAAUGCAUACAUUCUGCUUUCGAUGUCGUCAUAAAAUAUAGCAAUAAAUUAUACGAAAAUUAGACGAAUUUAUUUGUUGUAUUUCGAUAAAAUAGUCGAAGUGUGUAAUAAUAUAAUCAGGAUAUAUAUUUCCCACAAAUUGUUCCAAAGACACAGCCUAAAAUUAUCAUCGAUUGAUCUCAUUAUAUUAUCUUUGUAAUGAAAAGGUUUAUUUUAAAUAAUAUAGGUUAACUAGGACGGUUCAUGCCAAGAACUUUGAGAGAAAUAAUAUUUUAUUAAUCAAUUAAUAUUAUUGUAUUUAAUCGAAAUAUGAAACAGUACGUCGGUUUAAGAGUAUAUUCAAAUAUAGAAAUAUUGUAAGUGAAUAGUAAUUUAAGAUUAGUUUAAGUGGAUUGAAUCGUAGUGAUUCGUUACCGGAUAGAUGCUUUUACGUUAUUUUUGCUAUUUGUAAAUAUCAUUAUUUUAAUUGUAAGUCGUAAUAAUUUUGUAUGGAAUUCGAGGCUUCACUUAUAUUGAUUUCAGGCGACAGGUACACAUAUACCAUAUUUUAUUAAAAUCUACGCGAUUACUAAGAAAUAACAAUGAUACAAAAAUAGUGAUUAAUGACAUGACAUAAGUAGUCUUAAAAGUAUAAAGUUACUAGAUAUCUCAAUAGUAUAUUGAGUCACACCAAUAAUUAUGUUCCAAAAGGUUUAAAAGUUUGGACUUUUAUAACAUUAACAUAAGAACGUGAAAAAAUAUUAAGUAGUAAAUUGUUUUUCAAUGGAGAAAUAUUGCAAGAAAUUAUAAUAAAUUAACGAUUUGUGUCAAAUGGAUAAAUAAUUUAAAGCUUUUUUAAUAUUUGUUUUUACUUGUAUUCAGAUAUCUAAAUAAAAGUCUAAAAUACAAAUAGCCGUUUAAAGAUGACAGCUUAAAAUGCCUCAAUUCGUUAUAACAUUUAAUUUAGAAUUCCAUUCAGGGAUCAUGAUUAGGGAGCAAACCUUAAUUAAGUAAGUUUAAAGCAAUUUUUAUUCCGUUUGUUUUAAAGACAAAACAAUGAAGGAUGUGUUCAAUUGUGAUAUGUAUUUAUUUAAGGGAAAAGUUAAAUAAAAAGUUUUCAUAAUGAUCUCUUGAAAACUCUUAUUUGCUGAUAACUGCUUCACUCUAGUGUAUAUAAAAGAUAUGCAAUGUCAAACGUUACUAGCAAUUAUAUUAAACAUAAUAUUUUUAAUCUGUAUUCGCACUAUGUAAAUAAAAAAAAAUGUUUUCUAUGUAUGAUUUUUAACAAGUUUAAUUAUCUUUUGCCUACACUAAAGUGAAGCUGAAUGAAAACUAUGCAUUUAAGAGUUUUGUAAAUAAAUUAUAAUUGGUAUGCUUUUCGCUGUUUAAGAUUUAUAGAGAAAAAUUUCUAAAUUUCCGUACUAACGCUUCAUGUCUACUGGAAGGAGGUGUGGGAAUAUUUAUUUCUUAUAAUAAUCAUAUAAUAUUGGUUCAGUUGGAUUCAUUCCAUAUCUAUAGUUGCCUGUGUAUAUUGGACUGAAUUUCGUAACGUUAAUUAAAUAACAUUUGGCUAUAAGGCUUUGUGUAGGUAAAUGUUUGAAAUUAAUACUUUAAUGUGAAAUUCCAAGACAGUAUAAAAAUUUACUAAAUUUUUAUAAAUUUACUAAACAUUAUUGUGUCUUUGAAAUAUUCUAU